CAAAAUGGCAGCCUCCGUGUUGAAGCGAUGUGUGACUGCAGCUGUCAAAGUUAAAUGUUUAUCUCCUUCUCUUUCAGCCAGACGAUGGUUGCUCUCGGCAGCUUACACAGACACCAAAGUGUGGGAGGCGAGAGAGACAGAAGCCCAGAACCUGGCUGUACUGGCUGCCGACAUGGACAGGAUCUAUGAAAAGAACCUGCCAGUUAGCUCUCUGACUAUGUCACGGUUCAUUGACAACAUAUCAUCCAAGGAGGAAGUUGAUCAAACCGAGUACUACCUUUACAAGUUUCGUCACAGUCCAAACUGUUGGUACCUGCGAGACUGGACCGUUCACAGCUGGAUCAGACAGUGUCUAAAAUACGAGUCCAGAGAAAAGGCCCUGCACACGCUUAGAAACAAGGUCCAGUAUGGAAUAUUCCCAGACGACUUCACCUUCAACCUGCUCAUGGAUUCUUACAUUAAGGAUAAAGACUUUAAAAGUGCGUGCUCUGUGGUCGAAGAGGUGAUGCUGCAGGAGGCCUUCGACCUUCCCUCCACACAGAUCCUGUCUCUGUACGCUCUGGGCAGUUACCUAGCGACCAAACCACAACUUACUGUGAGUGAAACAACAACGACAGCAGCAGCACUGGAGGAGGCAGAGGGCCGAGCUUUGGGGGCAUCGCUGCUCAUCUGCGGACUGCAGCAGGACAACACCAGCGGCCUCAGCGCUCAGCUACUCGGAAAUGCUCUCCUAGGCAAGCUGGAGCAUUUAAAGGGCAUACACGCCGUUUUCAAAGGGAUGCCUCUCUACUGGGAACGAGGAUAUCUGGACCGAGCGUUGGCUGUCAUGGAGAGGGUUGCUGCAGCUCCUGGUGAUGCCAAGCUGUCCAAAGACACACUGGACAAUGUGAACGACUUGCUGCAGGAACUGUCCUCCACCUCAACCUCAACCUCAGCCGCGACCUCAGACACAGACUCUUCCGGAGAGGAGUCAGGAGGUGAAGAAGACAAGAAAGCAGAGGCUGUAGAUGAAAAGGACGAGGCUGAGAAGGCGAAGCUUCCCCAAUAUAUCAGCAGGUUCAAGGAGCUGAGCAGCCAGCUGGAGUCUCAGGGUAAAGUGGAGGCGGCCUCCUUCCAGGAUUUAGUGACCGCUCUGGCCCAGCAGAACCUGGCUGCUGCAGAGACACUGGACCUGGAGCAGUACCAGAGCCGGGUGCAGGCCUGGGAUGCCGAGAAGAGGCAGCUGAGCCAGAGAGAGAAGGAGAUGAGAGAGAAAGGUGCGCAGGAGAAACGGGAGCGAUUAGCUGCCAGGGCUGCAGCUAAGCGGAAAGCGAGUCUAUCAGUAAACUGACCGCUGAGUCUGUACGUUAAAGCUGUGUUUAUAAUAUCAACAUUACAUCUGCUCGUGUCUCCAGUUACUUUUGUAAAUAACUGUUGUGUGCUUUUGUGCUGCUCUGUUUAUAGAACAGGGCUAAUACGAACAUCGAAAUAAAACAGAUUUCAUUUGUAACAGAA